CUGGCAAAAGUCGUCUUCCCCCCCAUCCGUGCGGAGUCGUCGCCGCCGAGUCAAUGCGGAGGCAGCGCUCGAAGAAAAGCUCACCCCCUCAUCCUCCUCCUCCUUCCCAAACCUCCGAUUCCGAGCUCCUCCGAUCUCCGAUCGCCGUCCUCGCCGCGCGGAUUAGGGUUCCGAUCGGCGAACCCGGCGUGGUCCGAUUGGUUUGCAGCGGCUCCGCGCCUCCGAUGAUUUGAGCUCCGGGCUGGAAGGGCGUGAGACAUGUCGAGGCCUCAGGUCACGAUCACUCUCGGUCGUUCUGGUCAGGUAGUUAAGAGGGCUGGGAAUGCAUUGAACGAUUCUCGAGCAGCGCCUCUUCCGAAAUCUGGUAGAAAGCGCUCUGUAAAGGAGAGACUUGGCGGAAAAGCUGAUAAUUUUUUGGAUGGAAGUGUCAAGAGACGGAGGGCCGAGAACGAUUUUAAGAGCUUGAAUGGUGCUGGAGACCUUCGCAUCAAGCUCAUGCGAAAGAACAAGACCAGGCAGGCUAGUGGCAAUGUUGGAGAGCAAGAUCACAUAAAUCCCCCCGUUAAUAUUCCUAGGACUGUCCAUUCUCCUAUGAGCUCAUAUACAGUGCAACAUACGCUUGAGCCGCUUGAUAGCCCUUUGAGGCGAAUUCCACCAACAAGAAGUGCUGAAGAUUUACUCGAGCUGAACUCAAUGCGAAAAUCUUAUUCUCCUUGGACUCAUGAUGGGUUACAACAUGGAUCGCCAGAUAGAAUAUUCAGGGUUUCAAGGGGCCUUUCUCCACCAAGGCCAAUCAAUGGCCAGCGAGAAUUGCUCACGUAUAGGCCGAUUGAUGUGCCGAGAGUUCCUACACAGGUUUUAAGAGAUGUCUACGAUCAUGGAGUUGCAGGGCCACGCUCCUCUUCACAUUUUGUGACAAGAACACCUUUGCCUCUAGAUUCUGCUAGGUCUCUGCCGCGAUUGCAUACACAAGGCGCCAUCUCACAUAGAAGUGUAUAUGCGGUACAGGGACCACUUACCGUUGGGGCUUUUUUAAAUUCUCUUGGCUUGGGAAAGUAUGCCAUUCAUUUUCAGGCUGAGGAAGUUGAUAUGGAUGUACUGAAGCAGAUGCGGGACCAUGACCUCAAAGAGAUGGGCAUACCGAUGGGACCGAGGAGAAAGAUUCUUCUUGCUCUCUUGUCUCGUUCAAGACGCGUAUAGAAAUUUGAUGCUUUUACUUCUUUUGGUAUCUUUUUCUAUUUAUUUUUCCUUUUUCUCCUGCGUUUCCUUCUUAUCGGGUGGAGAGAGAGGGAGACAGUGUCGUGAAGAGGAAGACCAGUUGAUGGUUGGUGCGGGUAAUCCAUUGUUGUAUUAUCUUUUGGAUGCCAUUCCGAAUUCUGUCCAUUGAAUAAAUACCAUAGGCUUGUUUGUAUGUUGGACAUAUAUCCAGCUAUUAGGCUCUGUGAACAAAUGUGAUGCUUCCCCCCUAAAUCUGUUCUAAUUAGUAAACGGAGCUUUUGAGUUA